AUGAGUCUAGACAAUUCUAAUUUAAAUGAAGAUCAACAAUGGUUCGAUAACGUUGAGAAUUUUCGCCCUCUUCGUGGCGGAAGACGUGGGGAUACCUUAAAUAAAGUGAUUAGUUCAAUUUCAAAGAUAUCCGUAGACGAAGCAGAAAAGAAAUUUCAAAAAGAACUUUUGGAAGCCGAAAAGCAAGAAGACCCUUUAGCUUCAAUGUGUACUUAUGUCGCCUGGUUUGAAGAACAUUUCCCUAGUGGGAAGAGAAACUUCUUUUACCCAAUUUUGUACAAAAUUUGUGUUACUUAUUGCAAUAUGGAUAUGUACAAGAAUGAUGAACGCCUUUUAAAAAUUUGGCUAAAAUUAGCUGAGAAUUUCCCAGAAAGCAGUCUUGCUGUAAUGGAAUUUGCUUACCUUAAAGGAUCUUGUCGCAAUUUGGCAAAAUUUUAUAUUUGUUGGAGUGAAAUGUAUCAGUCAAUUGAAUGGUGGAAUAAAGCACGCGAAAAGCUUCAACUUGCUCUAAAAAUGAAUGCCGUCCCAUUAGAUUUAGUCCACAAAGCUAGUGAUGAACUCGAAUCAAAUAUAAUGUCAAUGUGUAAACAAAAUCCAGAAAAUUCAUUGGACAAUGAAGAUUUUGACGAUUCUGUUGAAUCAGCUAGAACAACAUUUUCGAGACUUAGAGGAAUUGGACGUUUACAUUUUGCACCGAUCAUACGAUUGCCUCAAGGACCGCCUGGAGUUUUGAGUGUCACAAAGAAGUCAAAAACUGACAGAUUCGAAAUAUUUUCUGAUGACCAUACUGAUCAAAGUUCUUCUCUUUUCAAAACUCCAAUUGCACCACCAAAACAAGUUAUUAAAAAAUCGAAAAUUAGUGAAUCCUUAAUUAAUGAUUUGGACUUUCAGGCACUUUUUGGACUUCCACAAGACCAUUUUGAUUUACAAAUAACUAACGAAGAAAAUCAUCCCCAAACUCCCUAUUUAAAUUCAUCAAAACUUCCAAAUAUUAAUUUACAAACGCCUAUAGAAAAUUCUUUUUGUAUUUAUGAGGAUAUUAAAAAUGAGGAAGGAAAGAAAAUUAAAUCAAAAUUAAUUUUGAGAAAAGAAUUAAUUAAAUCAAUUUCUAUUGAAGAAUAUUUUGCAAAUAAAAUGAUGGGGAAAAUUGAAAUAAAUUUGUAA